AUGUCGGGCAUCGAAAUCGCAGGUUUGGUCUUUGGUAUCGUGCCAAUCGUUGUUAAGAUUCUCAAGUCUUACGGUACAGCCAAGCGGAGGUUAAUAACGUUCUCACGACACGUAGAAGUUGCAGACGACAUCCAGACAAGGUUCGACGUAGCGUCAGCUCAUUUUAACAAUGAUUGCCGCCUUCUGCUACAGGCAACUAUUGCCGACCCGGACGAGGUUCCUGAAAUUGAGGAGAUGAUGAACAAUCCAACGCACAAGAGCUGGCAGAAGCAAGGGAAGCGUAUAGAUGAGCGACUAAAAGAGAUUAUGGAACAAGACUACGAGCUAUGCGGAAAAAUCGUGACACGACUUCACGACAUUCUUUGUGAAACACAAAACAGCCUUAAACGACUUCAGGACAGCCUAGGCAAAGGAAAACGAUCGCAACGCGAAUACGUAGAAAAGAUCUGUGAUGCUUUCACUAUAUCUCGCAAGGAAAACGGAAUUCGAAAGCGUUGCAAGGUCCCCUCAGCUUGGAUCAUCCGCAAAGCCGUCCCAAAGCGCUAUCAGCAGAUCCGCCUCGCCUCGCAACAACUUGGAGAAUCGAUCCACGACUCGUGGUCUUGCACCAACACUUCACAUAGCGGACAUCAAGCUAAGCUAUCGCUCGAUGCUGAGAGCGAGCAUGACAAUGUGCAACUUGAUGUUGUCGUCGCAUGCCAAACAAAACCAGAUCGGGCGAUCCAAGGGCCAUCCACCGACGUGCCAAUAUGGCUACAAAUUCGAUCCAUUACGUCUCUCACAAUAUACAGAGCACCAACGUCUCCACCUCCACCAGUGCUUGCGAAAGCCUUUCGUCGUGGGCUUUGCAACAUAUCGCAAGUUACAACCCAUACAUCGUCAAGUAAAGCCAAGUCAACGAAAAGGGUCCGAAUCGAUGACCCAAAAGACGAAGUCAGGUCUCUUCAAGCGCCCGCAACGAGGAGCACAGAAACGACACAGGCCGAAUCCUUCCUCAUGUUGGACCUGAAGACAACCGAAAGCGUAUGCUGCCAUGUAACAAGCGUGUACUCGUCCACCUCAGCAUGUCAAGAUGGAUGUGUAGGCUUCCUCGAGGUAGCCAAGAGUCGGCCAGCAAUGCGAUUCAUGUUCUACGAUGCCAGCAAACUCGCAGUCAAUGACGUUUCCUCCUGCACCCGGCGACAAGGGGCAAGACCCAUCAAGAACCUCAUUAAAAGCUUUAAUCCACUGCAACAAAUGACGCUUGCUCACAAGCUGGCCGAAGCGGUUCUUCAAUACCAUUCAAGCUCCUGGUUGCCGCAGGCGUGGACGCUUCAGGACGUGGCCUAUUUUACCGAUACAUCGCAACCCAAUGCAUGCGACAUAUCCGAUGCACUCAGCAGCCUACAUCUGAGCAAACGCUUUCCAAAAAAUACCUCAUGCCACAUCGAUUCAAAACAGGAAUUGCUUGACUUGAAGCAUAAAGUUGGCGUUCGUAACCUCACCCUGGCUAAGCUCGGCGUUGCACUGCUCGAGAUCUGCACCAAAGACGAUAUCAUGGGAACCCAACUAGAUGGUACGCACGGUGAGAUUAUCAAGGCGAGAGGAUUACUAGACGAAAAGCACCAUUCGAUCCAAGACUUCGGUCUGAGGUAUCUCGAGAUUGUGCGAAAGUGUCUGUAUUGCGACUUUUCUUGCGAUGAUGAUCUUCAGAGCGACGCACUGCAGAGUGCGAUCUAUACUGAGGUUGUGUGCGCUUUACAGGACAGGAAAACUCAAUGUGAGAAAUGGUUUAGCAUGUGA